AAGACGAUAUGCCAAAUGUGCUCAUUGGACUUGACAUCUAUGUCUGCGCACGGAAAACAGGCACAUUACGACGAUCAUUUCGAAGAACAGCCUCAAGCAACAAAGACAUACGGCGCUGGAUAUACGAAGCCGGUGUCGAAAUCCAAAUUCAAGCCGCCUAUGUUUUUCACCAAGGGCGUUUCGAUCGAGGCCCAGAAUGUUUUCUGGUAUUCCACCCAAGCCACCGAACCUCCCCCAAAUUUCAGCCCAGGUCUGAUCCCUGUGCUCAAGAAAGCGCUAUCAAAAUCGCAUGAGCGCGGCUCGACGCAAAGGGCCUGGUUAGCUUGUGAAAACGCUGUACACAUCCAGGCCGAAGGAUGGGACAGAAUGUGGGGCUGCGGCUAUCGGAACUAUCUAAUGGCAUGUGCUGCACUCAUGGCUCAACAACGUCAGCCGAUGUACUUCCCACUACUGGACACGCCCACGCCGCCCGGGAUACGUAAUCUACAGGUGCUGCUUGAGGAGGCUUGGAAGAAUAGUUUCGAUGAAGAAGGAGCCGAACAACUCCAUUAUAAGCUCGUCGAAACAACGAAGUGGAUCGGUACUGCGGACCUCAAUGUCGCAUUCACAUACCGGGGCAUACCUGCAAACUUGGCAGACUUCAGCGACUUGAAGAAGGGCGUCGACCCCCUUCUGCAAUGGAUUUACAACUACUUCUCCGGCGGAGACCCACAACCGAAGAGCACUACAGUCGGCGAAGCUUUGCGUGGUGCACGUCCCGUGAUAGUGACGGAUAAGCUGCCCAUCGUUCUGCAGUAUCAGGGGCACUCGCGAACGAUCGUCGGAUGCGAGCGGGCGAAGAAUGGCUCCAUAAAUCUUCUCGAGUUCGAUCCCUCUAAGAGGAUACCUUCCAACAUCAGACAAGCCGGCUUGCGCUACCACGAUCCGCAAAGAUUAGGCGAAGCCGCGUCGUCCUCGUCACGGGUCCUCCACAAAGUGAUGCACCCGGUGGAGACCAUGAAGUCGAAGAAGCGUAAGAGCGUAGAGCGCGACGCCGCCGUCCCCAAGCGCAAGCGUCUCAGCGACCCGGGCGACGUCAUCGACAUAUCCGACACCGAGGAGGAGAAGCCGCCGGCUGGUCCUUCUAAGGCCCCGGUGUCCCACGACGAGCCGGAUUUUGGUGCCGUUCUCAAGUUCUUCCGGGUCAGUUUGAGCUCUCUAAAUAAGAAGAACAAGUACCAGAUUCUGUAUUUCCCGCUGGAGGAGCCGCUCACCGAACAGGAGAAACUGAGGAGGCGUAUCGUGACCAGCGAGAAGGUUGCCUAG